UUUAGUUGGGCCUCCUGAGUCCUAUCCAAAUGAGGCUGUAUAUCUCAAGGUUAUGCACCCAUUUCCUUCAUCCUAUUUAUUCAAAUUGCAAAUAGGAAAAAUCGGAACAAAAUUCGUAAGCAAUGAAGUAAAUUACUUCCAGAAUACUACUUUUUAUAAUGCAUAUUUAGUUCCACCAGAACCGGAGCACGCUUGUACUCCAGUUGUGAAUGCUAGGAACCUAAGCAAUUCUAUCGCUUUCAUAAUGCGAGGUGGCUGUAGCUUUAUAACGAAGGCGUUUCAUGCUCAAUUAGCUGGAGCACUUUCCGUCAUAAUCUACGAUUAUGGUCGAGAAUCGGAUCUGAGGUUGACGAUGAUCCAAGAUGAAACAGAUCGUAAACUUACCUUACCUUGUGCUUUCAUGACUGGAAAGGACGGUUUACGUGAAUGA